CGAAUUGUAAAUUAACACACGCUGGCAGCACUUGUAAAUCAGCCGUCUUUGAGAGUAAUUGGUUUACAAUUGUUACAAAAUAACGAAAGCAACGGCAAACCAAAACGUUGGCCCAAAGCAAGGCUACAAAUGAAUAGUAAAAACAGGAAACAGUGAAUUGCAAAAGCAAGAGGACGCAAACACUAUCAAGGAGAGACAAGGACAAACUGAACAACAGUUAGGCAAAAAUGUCGAAGGCCGUGAAUAACAUAAAUAUGGGCAUUGUGGAGCCCCAGGAGCGCAUGAAGAACUUGUCCCACUGUGGCACCGUCAUCGAGGUGGACAAGAAUAUGGCUGUGUCACGCUACUAUCGCUCUGGCACGGAGAUGCUGCGCAUGGCGAAUGUCUAUCUGAACGAGGGCAACCAUGAGAACGCUUUUAUACUCUAUAUGCGAUACAUGACACUGUUCAUUGAGAAGAUACGCCAGCAUCCCGACUAUGGCAGCGUCAAGGCCCAGGUGAAGGCCAUCAACAAGACCAUCAAAGACGAAAUCAUGCCCACAACGGAAAAGCUACGCAACAAGCUGCUGUUGCAGUAUAAAAGGGAGUAUGAACAGUUUCUGGCCAACAAGGAGGCGGAACGUAUGCGGGAACAGCGGGAGCAGGCCAACAAGAGGUCAACGGCAGCUGGUGUUGUGCCAUCGCUGAUUCCAGCCAAUCUGCAUGUGCAAAUUGAUGCAAACAACCAGCCAUCAGCGCCAGAUCUGGGAUUGCUUGACCAGGUGGUUUAUCCAAAUGAUUUUCCCACUGGCGCCAAUCGCUCCAAUCUGCCCAGCUCUGGUCUGUUGCUGCCCGGUGUGGAUACUGGCGCUGACAGGGCAUCUAAUGCGUCCUCGAAGCCCGCCUUUGACCGCAACCAGAAGCCGCAAUAUAAUCGCACUGACUCAUUGCUGGCGGGUUCACUGCGCACUGUCAACGUACCUGCGGACACCAUGAAUGUGUUCCUACAGCUGGCACAUGCCAACACCUCCAAGAGCAUUGAGACUUGCGGUGUCCUAGCUGGGCAUCUGGCGCGAAAUGAGCUCUACAUCACGCAUAUUAUAACGCCCCAACAACAUGGCACGCCCGACAGUUGCAACACAAUGCACGAAGAGCAGAUCUUUGAUGUUCAGGAUCAAAUGCAGCUCAUCACGCUCGGCUGGAUACAUACACAUCCCACUCAGACCGCUUUCCUGUCCUCCGUUGACUUACACACGCACUGCUCCUAUCAGAUGAUGAUGCCCGAAGCAAUUGCUAUUGUUUGUGCGCCCAAAUACAAUACAACUGGUUUCUUUAUACUUACGCCACAGUAUGGCCUGGAUUACAUUGCACAGUGUCGGCAAACUGGGUUUCAUCCACAUCCAAAUGAUCCGCCUCUUUUCAUGGACGCACAACACAUCAAAAUGGAGUCACAGGCCAAGAUAAAGGUCAUCGAUUUGCGCAGAUAGUAUGCUGAAAUCUUAGUCUGAAACCUUCAGCCAAAACUUACUUUGUAGCUAACCAACAGCAGCACCUUGAUAGUGAACCACCCACUGGAUGCAAAAGCAGCGAAUUUAUCAAAUGCUCUAACAAAAGUCAUUGAAACAACCUUAAGCAACAGUAGACUCAGUCACUUUUAAUUUACUGCAUUUAAACUUAACUAUAACUUACUACAUUCAUUGCUCGGGUGUUAUAAACAUUGUAAAUCAGUCUGAUUUAUAUCUUAAAUUCAAAUUUCUAAAUUCCCUCUACAGCAAAUGAUUUUUAAAGUUUCAGUUUAAUUAAAAAUUGUAUAAUUGUAACUAAAAUAGCAUAAUUCCGAGCCUGCACUUUAUUGACUUUUCUCGGCUAAGUAACACCAGCAGUAUAAUGGUUAAAGAUUUUAUUUAUACAAAAAAUGAGCCGAGUGAUUGAUAAAACAUUAUUAGAACUUUGCACGCAAUAUUAUCUAAAAGGCAAUAACUAUUCUUGCAUUUUUAUCAGCUCGAUUAGUUUAUCUGUUAAGUUCAGCUUUACAAAAUUUUUUAAUGUGAUUUACAAUUGUGGCUUAAAUUUUUUGUUAUAACUAUUUUUAACGUAUGCAUGUAUUUAUUAUUGUAUCUGUCAAGGAACUCAGCACACCGCUAAUUACUCAGCUAAAGCAAAUACCUUUGAAUAUUAUUCAUAUACUAUUGCUAAAAACUA